AUGGCGGAUGUUGAAGUUUGUGAGAAAGAGGUUCAGACGUCUAAACCACCAACAGAUCGUCCUUCAAUUCAAACAGCGCCGUCAGCCGUGUCGGAUUUUUCCUAUAAAAGUUCUGAUACGAUGUCAGAGGGCAAGCUGGACUCGCUCUUCACAAACUCAAUGAAGAUUUUAGUACGAAGAGUCAAUGACAAAGAUGGCGAUUCUAGACGACCUUCAGCGGAUGUUCCUAUUGAACAUGCUCGAACAGGUCAGAAAUGUUCUGUUGCCGGAUGUACCGGUAUUGUUGGUAACCAUUCGGAUCUACCAGACGUCCAAUCACAUCUCGACAAUUAUUCUGCUCAGUCCGGAUACCUGGAUCGUCGCUCCAUAAAUUAUGCUCGCCAGUUUGAUCACGAUUCUGGGAACAAUGGCCGCCGUUCGGGACAACAAUCAAGAGCUAAUGGUAAAUAUAUAGACCAUCUAAAGAACACAGAACGGCAAUCAAAACCAAACCACUCUGAGUAUCGUCGGUUUAAUUCAGCCAGUACUGAUCACUCGUCACUCAGAUUGGAUGGAAUCUCAAAAUUACCUCGUGAUACAACACUUCAAGAUUUUAACCUUGGUUUCCUGAAGCAUGGGUCUGAUAGAGGAACGUCAGUCGACUCUUGGAGACCAUACAGACCAAUAUCUAAACCUCGACUAGCACUUACGAGGAGCAAAACGACCAUACCCUGUACAUCAUCAGCUUCCAGACAAUGCGACGCAUGCUCGGUCCGGGAUCUUCAAUCUUGGUUCAUUAUGAAUCCCGGAAAUGCGUCACCAAGAUCACCAAAUGAUGUCAUCAGUCCAACUAGAAUAACACGAGAGAAAUCGCAGGUGUUUUUACUGAAUAAACAACCUAAACUAGAUUGUAUAGGACAGAAUAUGGCAGAAGUUAUGUUACCAAUGACAACCGUUCCCAAGAAAGGUUUGAUUAAGCUCACGUAUAUGGAUGAAGACAUCUCAGAUCGAGAGGGUACAUUCCAUAAAGGUAAAGAAAGAAAUCGAAGAUGGCGGGAACCACUACGGCCAUUAAUUAAGAAUAAAAGAAUAUUGGAAGGAAUUAAAGAAAGUUAUAAUAUAUUACUAGAGAAAGAACGAUUAGAGUCCGAACAAGUCCAGAGAUUACUCAAUCAGGAUCAGCCUGUACAUCUAGCUGCUCUUUGA